AUGGCCGCUACUAACCUGGGCAUGGUUCAUGUGGUGGAGCCUUCUACUACCAAAAUGACAUUGCAUGACGGUAAAAGAGUGAGGGUAUUUCACCGUGCAUUUUGGUCGUUCGAGCGAUGCACGAGGGCAUUCGAACAUUGUAGGUCGGUCAUCACCGUCGAUCGUACCUUCUUGACUGGGCAGUACAAGAGCACACUAUUGGUGGCAAUAGGAAAUGAUGCAAGCAACCGUUUAGUACCAUUGGCUUUUGCAUUGGUAGAGGUUGAGAACAACGAUAACUUGGAAUGGUUUUUCCAGAUAUUGAGAACGAGGAUCAUACCACCCUCAAAGGAAGUGUGUGUCAUCUCGGAUCGUCAUCAAGGAAUUCUGAAAGCGGUGGAGAUUGACAUUCCCGGGCAUGCUCCCGUGCACCACCGAUGGUGCAUGAUGCAUUUUUGUGCAAACUUCUACCGGGCAUGUAAGAACAAAGAGUUGUCUGACCUCCUUCAAGAUUGUUGCCUCGCUUACUCCGAGCGCCGCUUCACAAACCUAUACAACGGAUUGCUGAAGCACAAAGAGCUCAACGCAUGUGGUUAUCAGUUUCUUGAUAGGCACCUUAUAUUUCAGUCAAAGUGGGCACGAGCUUAUGAUGAGGAUGGGAGGAGAUAUGGUCAAAUGACUAGCAACAUGGCUGAAUGCUUCAACAAUGUGCUGAAGGGUGUCCGUGCAUUGCCCGUGACGGCAAUAAUUCAAUACACAUUUGAGAAGUUGAAUAUCUAUUUCUAA